AUGUUAGACAUCAACGCAUUUCUCGUCGAAAAGGGAGGAAACCCAGACAUCAUCAAGGAGUCUCAAAGAAAGAGAGGCGCCUCCGUCGAGCUCGUCGACGAAAUCAUCCAGGAGUACAAGAACUGGACUAAAGUCAGAUUCGACUUGGAUGCCCUCAACAAGAAGCUCAACGCUCUACAAAAGCUGAUUGGUCAAAAGUUCAAGGCCAAGGAAGAUGCCAGCGAGUUGUUGGCCGAGAAGGACGCCAUCACCGCCGAAAAGAAGGCCUUGACCGAGACUGAACAAAAGGCAGACGCCGACUUGAGAUACAAGGUCAACCAGGUCGGAAACUUGGUUCACGAGAGCGUUGUCGAGUCCAUGGACGAGGACAACAAUGAGAUUGUUAGAACUUGGAAGCCAGAGGGUUCUGGUGAGAUUGGCCAGGUGGCUACUGCCACUGGUGCUCCCGCCGCCUUGUCCCACCACGAGGUUCUCUUGAGAUUGGACGGUUACGAUCCAGAGAGAGGUGUCAAGAUUGUUGGCCACCGUGGUUACUUCUUGAGACAAUGGGGUGUGUUCUUGAACCAAGCCUUGAUCAACUAUGGUUUGCACUUCUUGCACGGCAAGGGAUACAUUCCUUUGCAGGCUCCUGUGAUGAUGAACAAGGAAGUCAUGGCCAAGACCGCUCAAUUGUCCCAAUUCGACGAAGAGUUGUACAAGGUCAUCGAUGGUGAGGACGAGAAGUACUUGAUCGCCACUUCUGAACAACCUAUCUCUGCUUACCACUCUGGCGAGUGGUUCGAGAGCCCCGCCGAGCAAUUGCCAAUCAGAUACGCCGGUUACUCUUCCUGUUUCAGAAGAGAGGCUGGUUCCCACGGUAAGGAUGCCUGGGGUAUCUUCAGAGUGCACGCUUUCGAGAAGAUUGAGCAGUUUGUUUUGACUGAGCCAGAGAAGUCUUGGGAGGAGUUCGACCGUAUGAUCGAGAACUCUGAGCAGUUCUACCAAUCUCUCGGUUUGCCAUACAGAGUUGUCGGCAUUGUUUCCGGUGAGUUGAACAACGCUGCCGCCAAGAAGUUCGACUUGGAGGCCUGGUUCCCAUACCAAAAGGAGUACAAGGAGUUGGUAUCUUGUUCCAACUGUACCGACUACCAGUCCAGAAACUUGGAGAUCAGAUGUGGUAUCAAGCAACAGAACCAAAUCGACAAGAAGUAUGUCCACUGCUUGAACUCCACCUUGUCUGCCACUGAGAGAGCCUUGUGUUGUAUCUUGGAGAACUACCAAAAGGAGGACGGUAUUGUUGUUCCUGAGGUUUUGAGACCAUACAUGCCAGGUGCCCCAGAGUUCCUUCCAUUUGCCAAGGAGUUGCCAAAGAACAGCACUUCCAAGAAGAAGAACUAA